AAAAUCUUCUGCUUCUCCUUCUGGAACAUUGAUCCCUACCAACGAUCGAUCGGAAAAGCAAUCAUGAAUCGAGUCGUCCAAAACCUACUUUUUUGUCUGGAAGUUUUACCUCGACCCUUUAUUUUAAGGAUCUGGGGUUGGGAAAAGUCAGGCUCGAGUCUUGUCUCAUCCUCUUUUAUCCUUAUUCUUCUUCUUCUUUUUCCUUUUUCUAUUGUUCCAUUAAUAACAUUGGUUUUUUUUGUCUCUACCCCAUACCGGCGAGAACCCGAGAGUCCAGAGCCAGUCAGUCUUUCUAGGUUGAGACUGUGACAGCGCCGGUACCGUACGCUGUACGACCCAGUGGCUGCGAGUUGUACGGGACCGGAACAGCUUGUUCGACAACGCUAUCUUACGCCAUGGCCAUGCCUCUGCCACCGACGCCCCCACUACAACUGACAAGAAAACUGGGUCCAACCCAACAGUCUAGUCCGGAACUACUCCUUUGUGUUUUGAUACAGGUCAAAUAGAAUAAAAGGAGAAUCGGAAAUUAGAGACCAUCAGCAGAUAAAAGAAUCGUACAAAUAUGUAAGAAAUUGAGAAAGAAUUGUGCGCGUGGCGGGGGUGUGACAAAAAAGGCAUAAAGACAGAGAAAAUAAAACGAUGGUCGAAAAAAAAAUUACCUGAAGAUGUUAAUAAUCCAUCAAUGAAUCGGGAGGAGGAGUGGUACACGGCGUAGUAAGC